AAGAGACUGUGGAGGGUUCAAAGUCUUCCCCCAAGGAGUCAGUCGGUGGUGUCGACGCGGUUCACUCGCGCGAAUUGUUUCCGAGAUCGUGAUAAUAUCACCUGGAAUUUGUGCGCAAAUACCUUACAGGAACUGUCAACCUAAAAACCAUGACUGAAACAUAUGGUUAGGGAAAGGGAGGAAAAUUACCCUCAUUUCCCUAAGCUGGACCUUCCCAGUUGUAGAUGAAAGUGUAAAAACAUCAGUAAGUUGAAGAGAGAAGUCAUAACGAGUUCGAACACUGCGUGAUCAUCUCGUGUUAUCUCGUGUGAUUGAAUUUCACCAGACUAAUUUUACCUUUGUGAUUUUGUGAUGAUCUUGGUGCUCGUCUGAUGCUCGUGUGCUUCGCUGCUGCUCUUGAAAUACAAACCGAGUGAAAGUUACCUCAGUUACUUUAGCAAGACUUGUCAAGGAAACUGUAACCAGCGUUACGUUAUAUCAUCUUGAAAAUUUAACUGCAUACCAAAAUCUGGGAGAAAAUCUAUAUAAGCAGUUAAGAGCACAAGAACUAUAUAGUUGAUUGACUGAAGACUUUGAAAUCGGUGAAAUAGAUCAGAUUUGUGGAGGUAGGCCUAGCGUUUUCGGUUCACAUUUCCGGCAAAACCGUCAGUUCCCAUUAGCAACCAUGACGUAUGUUAGGUCAUUUGUUUACGUGUCACUCGUCCUCGGAACAUUCCUGGUCAAUGCCAAUUCCAUUUCGGGCCAGAAAGAGGGCAUCGACAAGAUAACCCUGGCAUUGUUGGAUAUCAGAGACCUGCUCGCAGAGGCAAACAACAGCAGCCAGGAGGGGUACUACAGAGAUGCCGACGGCGGCGUUAGCACCAUAAACAAAACUGUAGAGUUCUCCAUUUUAGUGAACGCGACCACUACCCGCCUGGACGAGCUCACGGGUGUAACGACCAAACACGGAGAGCUGCUGGCAUACCUCCUGAACAGGGUGAACGAAAUCCACAACAGCAUGGAGACGGUGGCCAGGGAGAUCGUGUCCCGAGACGAUGCUAAGAAUGACAUAGGGGCCAUGAUCGAAGCCAUGGCCAAAGGAAUGGAACACCGCGACCUCACGGUGAAGCGCCUGCAGGAGAGUUUUGCCGCCAUGGCGAAAGAGGUCCUCCUGAAGGACCUCGUGACGAUGGAACUCCGGGACAGACUCGAAGAGAUGAACGAGUCUUUACAGGCGAAAUCCCAAGAGCUCAGGAUCAUGCAAGAGCGGGUGGGCGUCCUGAGUGCAGAGAUGGAGUUUUUGAGGGCCAACUGUUGCAGCUACGACGACAACCAACUGAGCCUCGAAUCCCUUGCUACGGCCACGUACCUCGUUUACGCCAACAAUAGCGUCAAAAGUACAGGCACGGUAUUGGAUGAAUCAGAGAACAAAACAGAUCCACAAGGCAUCCCGAGGGAGUGUCCUCCGCCGUUCAAGACCGUAGGGCGCGGCUGUUUCUACGUCCACACAGGGGACGUCAGGACUUGGACGGAGGCCAGAGAGUUUUGCAAACACAUGAGAGGAGAUCUGGCUGAACCCGAGGAUGUCCGUUCUCUGAGGGAUCAUCUGCAGGAGCGACAAGACACAGCCAGGGGAUUCUUCUGGCUGGGAGGAACGGACGAACAGAACCCGGGAGUCUGGCGAUGGGCGUCGGGCGCACCAUUGAACCUGGACGCCGACGAGUGGUCGGUUGGGCAGCCCGACGGCAAGCUGCAGCACUGCCUCUACCUCGACUCCGGCAAGCAGUUCAAGGUUGGCAAUCUCGGUUGCCAAAAUCAUACCUACUUCGUGUGCGAAAGGAAACUCACCUAGGAAAGGCUCAAUGUGUUGACAACUUAUCGAGCACACAUCACGAAGAUGUUGGAUACAUGUCGACGCCUUGUUGGUGGUUCUAAAGUGUGCUUCGUGUGAUUACCCAGCAUUUGCCAAAGAUUCGUUCUCCACUUACGGUCGUUGACUUGUUGUCGACUUCUUUGUGAUGUGCACACGAUAAGUUUCCAACCUUUGUUUACAUGUUUUAUGGUAGCGCGGUCGCACCCGUAGUUGUUGUUGUAUUUUAUAUGAUUACAGUUAUGUUAGGUACAUUAACUUCAGCCUAAGUAGGGUACAAUAGUGUCAACCGGCUCCCAGAUUAGGGUUCGUAUAACAAAACAUAUCAAUUCGAGGUUAAUUUUUGUCUGUUCCUCGAAGUCUUCCUUUCCUUAUGUAUGUAUCUUGUUUGUUAUCAAUUUUCAUCUCGUUUGUCAUUAAGUUUCUUAGUAUUUAUCAUAUAUCUCAUUCUUCCACCAAAUAAUUUUUUUUUCUAAUUACAGAACUAAAAAGCUUUCACGUAGUUUGUUGCCUGGUCAGCCUAUAAUAUUUAGUUAUUUUCUCUUAUAGAAUUUCUCCUGCAUCGUCCAUUUUCAUUUUACAUUUUUUUUUUCAACAAGAUACUCUUGUCACUUUCACCAUCACUCACCAAUGUAAUUGAGACGAGAUUUUUUUCUUAACUGAACACAGAGCUGUUUAUAUAACGAUCAAGUUCUAGCUGGAAAAGUCUUUAGCUUGUUCUAAGGUAGAAACUGGGAAACGCCUUAUAGAUGGUAUUAGAUAUAUUUUGAUAAUGUGCACGUUUUAAUCCUAACAAUUUAAACGGCAUAUUCACAGGCUUAUCAAACCUAUUAAGGAAAUAUUAAAAGCAUCUGAGCUUUAAAAAUGACACAAAGUUUGCUACAAAUACCAUUUUCAUGGACCAAAUCAAGGGGUCUUCAUCUAACCAUUAUAGCAAUUAGCUUUAUACUGAGCUAAACCAAUAAGUAACAGAUAAAAUGUCCAAUAAAAACUACUCCUCCUAUGGCAACAAGCUGCAGAACAGCUCAGGUAACACAGCAGUGACUUAGACUUCAAUAACUUACACUGGACGGCUUAUUAUUUGGUCCUUAUUACACAGUUCAUUAUGUUACCGUUUACAUCUUUGCUCCUCCCAUCUUCCAGUGUGAGAUACACCAACCAUAAAUGGGAAAGGCGAAUGUUGCCUAUUUCUGAAGAAACUUCAUAAACUUAUGCCACGAGCAGGUGCCAAUAUGUGUGACACUUUAUGCAUCUCAUUGUUCAUGUAUUUUCAUAAUUUUAAGUUUGAUUUUUACCCUUUUUGUUAUUUGUACAUAUAAUUCUUUUUCUCAAUAAAGUGUUUGAAUACCU